ACACAUAAGCGACACACACAGCUUCCCAAAUCAGCUACGCACAGAUAGACAAGUUGGUGAGUUUAGUUUUCAAGGCCAUCCAGCGACAGACAUGGCGUCGGCUCCAGCUCGAGCUAUUGCGGUGGUGGCUCUCGUGCUCGCGUGCUGUGGGCUGGCCAUGGCCGCGGACAACGCGCCGGUAUGGCUGAGGGCGCAUGCCACGUUCUACGGCGGCGCCGAUGCCUCUGACACCAUGGGUGGGGCGUGCGGGUACGGCAACCUGUACUCGGCGGGCUACGGCUCACGGACGGCGGCGCUGAGCCAGGCGCUCUUCAACGACGGCGCGGCGUGCGGUCAGUGCUACAAGAUAUCUUGUGACCGCAAGCUUGCGGAUCCGAUGUUCUGCAAACCCGGCGUCACGGUGACAAUCACGGCCACGAACCUCUGCCCGCCUAACUAUGCACUCCCGAGCGACAAUGGAGGAUGGUGCAAUCCUCCGAGGCCGCACUUCGACAUGGCGCAGCCGGCCUGGGAGAAGAUUGGUGUGUACAAGGGUGGCAUCAUCCCUGUAAUCUACCAGAGGGUUCCAUGCGUGAAGAAAGGUGGGGUGAGGUUCAAGAUCGCUGGUCAUGAUUACUUCAACCUAGUUAACGUAUUCAACGUGGGAGCUGCUGGAUCAAUCAAAUCGAUGGAUGUCAAGACCUCUGAUUCAGACACAUGGGCGCCAAUGGCUCGUAACUGGGGCGCGAACUGGCAAUCUCUAGCAAAUCUUACCGGGAAGAUGCUCUCAUUCAGAUUGACCAACACAGAUGGGCAGACGCUUGUGUUCAACAAUAUUGUUCCAGCUGGAUGGACGUUUGGGCAAACAUUUGCGAGCAAAUUGCAAUUUUAACUAAUCACUGUCAAUACAACGAUUUAGGAUGUGACUGGUUUGUGAGCAUACCAUCAUACACUAGAGAGAUGAUUGGAAUUUCUUUAUCUAUGGUGUGGUGCUUAAAAAUAUUAGUUGUAAGCACUACUUGUGUACAUAUAUUGAUCAAUUGGUCACCCUCAUG